GGCAGCUUUCCGGUGGUGGGAAAGUGAACGAAGCUAGAAUCAAAGCGGCGCAUCUUGAGGAAGGUGGGGUGCCUGUGGAAGAGGGAAGGCAGGCGACUGGAUAGGGUCUGGCUCGGGAGGCCGGCAGAGCAGCAGCUGCAGAAGCAGGCAGAGGCAGAGAGGGCAUGGUGUCGGGAGGCGCCGAGAAGGAGACGCAGUCCGUCCCUCCCAGGGUUAGUGAAUGAGGCUCUCCGCCCGGGCUAGCCCGGGGACUGUGCGCUGCGGGUCCCAGCAUGAGUGCGGGCCCCGGCUGUGAGCCCUGCACCAAGCGACCCCGCUGGGGCGCCGCUGCAACUUCUCCGCCGGCCGCCUCGGACGCCCGGAGCUUCCCCGGCAGGCAGAGGCGCGUCCUCGAUCCCAAGGACGCUCCGGUGCAGUUCAGGGUCCCGCCGUCCUCGUCAGGCUGCGUCCCGGGGCGGGCGGGAUCGCACAGAGGCAGCGCCACCUCGCUUGUUUUCAAACAGAAGACUAUUACCAGUUGGAUGGACACGAAAGGACUCAAGACAGCUGAAUCAGAAAGUUUGCAUAGUAAAGAAAACAACAAUACAAGAGAAGAAUCCAUGAUGAGUUCUGUACAGAAAGAUAACUUUUAUCAACAUAAUAUGGAAAAAUUAGAAAAUGUUUCUCAGCUAGGUUUUGAUAAAUCACCAGUUGAAAAAAGUACACAGUAUUUGAACCAGCAUCAGACUGCAGCUAUCUGUAAGUGGCAAAAGGAAGGGAAACAUUCAGAGCGACUUUUGGAAAGUGAACCUCCAAUAGUAACUCUGGUACCAGAGCAGUUCAGUAAUGCUAACAUUGAUCAGUCACCCCAAAAUGAUGAUCACAGCGACACAAAUAGUGAGGAGAGUAGAGAUAAUCAACAAUUUUUGACACCUAUAAAGCUUGCAAAUGCAAAACAGACAACAGAAGAUGAACAGGGUGUAGAAGCCAGAAGCCACCAGAAGUGCAGCAAGACUUGCCAUCCCGCCGAAGACUGUGCAGGGUGUCAGCAGGAAGAGACAGACGUGGUGCCAGAGAGCCCCUUGUCAGAUAUCGGCUCUGAGGAUGUUGGUACUGGACUGAAAAAUGCCAACAAAUUGAGUAGACAAGAAAGUAGCCUAGGAAAUUCUCCUGCAUUUGAGAAAGAAAGUGAACCCGAGUCACCAAUGGAUGUAGAUAAUUCCAAAAAUAGUUGUCAGGACUCAGAAGCAGAUGAAGAGACAAGUCCAGGUUUUGAUGAACAGGAAGAUAGUUCCGCCCAAACAGCAAAUAAACCUUCAAGGUUCCAAGUAAGAGAAGCUGACACUGAAUUGAGGAAACGGUCCUCUACUAAGGGAAGUGAGAUUCGAUUACAUUUCCAAUUUGAAGGAGAGAGUCGCGCUGGAAUGAAUGAUUUAAAUGUCAAACUACCUGGAAGUACUUCUAGCCUGAAUGUAGAGGGCAGAAAUUCUAAGCAACAUGGGAAAAAGGAUUCUAAAAUCACAGAUCAUUUCAUGAGAAUGCCGAAAGCAGAGGACAAAAGAAAAGAACAAUGUGAAAUCAAACAUCAAAGAACAGAAAGGAAGAUCCCUAAAUACAUUCCACCUCACCUUUCUCCAGAUAAGAAAUGGCUUGGAACUCCUAUUGAGGAGAUGAGAAGAAUGCCAAGGUGUGGGGUCCGGCUGCCUCCCUUGAGACCAUCUGCCAAUCACACAGUGACUAUUCGGGUAGAUCUUCUGCGAGCAGGAGAAGUUCCUAAACCUUUCCCAACACAUUUUAAAGAUUUGUGGGACAACAAGCAUGUUAAGAUGCCUUGUUCAGAACAAAACUUGUACCCGGUGGAAGAUGAGAAUGGUGAGCGAACUGCAGGGAGCCGGUGGGAGCUCAUUCAGACUGCACUUCUCAACAAAUUCAGUCGACCCCAAAACCUGAAGUUGGUGGAUGUUGGUAGGCAAAGAUGGGAUCCGUAUGCAGAACAUCAGCUUGUGAAUAAAUUCAACAGAACAGUAAUCCACCGAGAUUUUCUUCUGUUUAUGGAUGCUAUUCUGAAAUACAAUGUGGCAUAUUCUAAGAAAUGGGACUUUACAGCUUUGGUUGAUUUCUGGGAUAAGGUUCUACUUGAGAAGGAAGAACUGCCAAGAGGAAAAACUCCUUCAGGCAAGGUACUAGAAGAAGCAGAAGCUCAACACUUAUACCAGUCCAUUUUGCCUGAUAUGGUGAAAAUUGCACUCUGUCUGCCAAAUAUUUGCACCCAGCCAAUACCGCUCCUGAAACAGAAGAUGAAUCAUUCCAUCACAAUGUCACAGGAACAGAUUGCUAGUCUUUUAGCUAAUGCUUUCUUCUGCACAUUUCCACGGCGCAAUGCUAAGAUGAAAUCGGAGUAUUCUAGUUAUCCAGAUAUUAACUUCAAUCGGUUGUUUGAAGGACGUUCAUCAAGGAAACCGGAGAAGCUUAAAACACUCUUCUGCUACUUUAGAAGAGUCACAGAGAAAAAACCUACUGGGUUGGUGACAUUUACGAGACAGAGUCUUGAAGAUUUUCCAGAGUGGGAAAGAUGUGAAAAACUCCUGACUCGAUUGCAUGUCACUUACGAAGGAACCAUAGAAGGAAAUGGUCAAGGCAUGCUACAGGUGGAUUUUGCAAACCGUUUUGUUGGAGGUGGUGUAACCAGUGCAGGACUUGUACAAGAAGAAAUCCGCUUUUUAAUCAACCCUGAGUUGAUUGUUUCACGGCUCUUCACUGAGGUGCUGGAUCACAAUGAAUGUCUUAUCAUCACAGGUACUGAACAGUACAGUGAAUACACAGGCUAUGCCGAAACAUACCGUUGGGCCCGGAGCCAUGAAGACAGGAGUGAAAGGGACGACUGGCAGCGGCGCGGCACUGAAAUCGUCGCCAUCGAUGCCCUUCACUUCAGACGCUACCUCGACCAGUUUGUGCCUGAGAAAAUCAGACGCGAGCUUAACAAGGCUUACUGUGGAUUUCUUCGUCCUGGAGUUUCUUCAGAGAAUCUUUCUGCAGUGGCCACAGGAAACUGGGGCUGUGGUGCCUUUGGGGGCGAUGCUAGAUUAAAAGCCUUAAUACAGAUACUGGCAGCUGCUGUAGCUGAGCGAGAUGUGGUUUAUUUCACCUUUGGGGACUCAGAAUUGAUGAGAGACAUUUACAGCAUGCACACGUUCCUUACUGAAAGGAAACUGACUGUUGGAGAAGUAUAUAAGCUGUUGCUACGAUAUUACAAUGAAGAAUGUAGAAACUGUUCCACCCCUGGACCAGACAUCAAGCUUUAUCCAUUCAUAUACCAAGCUGUUGAGUCUUGUGCGGAGACCACCAACCAGCCAGGACAAAGGACUGGGGCCUGAGGAUCCAAGUGAAUAGAACCUCCUUCCACCUCUCAUGAGAAACAUCCUUUCUGAACUGUCAGGUGUAACAUAUGAACUGACUUAAUAUAAAUGUGUAUAUAAUCCACAUUUGUAGGCAAGGAUGCGGUCCCUUCCACAAACAUAGAUUCAGACAUAUUUUGUUUCCAUUUUUUUCUAUUUCAGUCUUCAUUCUUUGAUUUUUCUUUCUUUUGCCCAUAAGAUUUCUUGUGAAAUUUCAUGAAAGUUUGUGCUCAGCCUGUCAGGUCUCUUUUUUGAUGCCUGUAUAUUAUACAAAUUGCCUCUGCAGCUAGCAGAUGCUAGGGAAGAAGGUGAAAUCCUAGAAUCUGUUUAACUAACUGGGUCUGCUAAAGAUCUCCCUGUGAGCCUUUCACCCCCUACUCUUCUUAUGAUUGCAUUGUUGGAGUUUUUGAUUUUUGAAAAUUAAGAGUUGGGGUUUUUUUUUUCAUACAUGUUACAUAAUGCAGAUCCCCUGCGUUAAAAGUUUUGUAUUUAAGGCAGAAUAAUUUCCAGAAAGUUAUUUAGUGACAUCACCUUUAUCUGUAAUGGUUUGUCUGUCCUUUUUCCCUGAUCAAUUUUUAUUGAUACUGUUUUUGGAAACUGACCUAAAUGGAAGGAAAUGUAGAAUAAAAGAGUUUCCCAAAUGGUGUUUAAAAAACAAACAGAUUCAAGAGACUUGAAGGAUCUUUUGUUUCUUGGGGUUUUUUUUUUCUUUCUUUUUGAAUUAGGAUUAUUGUUUGUUCCUUGGUGCUUGAGGCAUAUUCAUAUAACCAGAGUUUAGAAACUGGGAACUUCAUGGUGAUCUGUACAUAGUGAAGUUUCUCUAGUACUCAAAGGUUAUAUAGUUAAUAAAUUUUCAUUAACAAAUCA